AUGGACCCGGGCUCUUCGCUGCAUCGCUACUGCCGGGUAGCAGCAGGGGGAGCGCAUAGUCUGCUUGUCACUGAACGUUGUGACGUUCUGGCUUGGGGAAGCAAUUCACAUGGUCAAGUUGGCAACGGAAGUCUAGAAGACGUCCUGAAUCCCACAGUCGUGGUGGACCCUGGGCGUGCCCGCUAUGUGUUUGCCGGAAGAUCGUUUUCGUUGAUGAUUGACGUGGACGGUUGGCUCUGGGGCUGGGGCUGCAACGAGGACAAUAUCUUGGGCAUACCCACAGCAAUCGAAAAACAACAGGUGCCAGUCAAACUGGAUACAGGCGGCCGGCGAAUCAAACAUGUUUCUGGUGGUUGGAAGCACAUACUGGCCGUAUGCGAAGAUGGCCAGUUCAUGAGUUGGGGCAACAAUGACUACGGACAACUGGGCGACGGCAGCACCCGAAAACGUCGUGAACCUGAUGUCACCCUCCUUCCUGAUGGAGCCAAAGCAGCAGCAGUGUCAGCUGGCUGGUAUCACAGCCUCGUGCUUACAGAGACUGGCGAAGUUCUUGGUGCUGGAAUGGGUUAUGGAGGCACUUCGCGCGGAGAAGGCGAACAAUUCGUGCAGGUCAUCCGAGCUGGUGUCAGCAUGAUUUCUGCAGGGAGCACGCAUAAUUUGGCUGUGACCAGGACCGGCACCGUAUUGGCUUGGGGUGCCAAUGACCACGGCCAGGUGGGAAAUGGUUUGCUAGAUUUUCAAGCAGCACCUACUGCAGUGUGCACAAAGCAAACGAUCGUUGCUGCCGGUGGCAGCCACAGCUUGUGUGCAAACGACGCGUACCAUGUCAGCGCAUGGGGCCACGGUGUACUGCCAGCCAACGACCGCACUCUGGAUUGCCCUGCCAGGUACAGUGUGUCCGAGCCGACACUCUUAGAGUUUCCAGAUGGCGCUUUCUCUAUAGCCGCAGGUGAUGCCCACACCUUGAUUGUAGGUCCCCUCGGCCAGGUAGGUGCAUACGGAUCCAAUAUGAGCGGGCAAAUUGGCAACAAUUCAUUGAUUGACAGCGGACGCUUGGUGGAAAUCCUUUCGAGUGGAACCGUCGAAAUAAUCAGCCAAGAAGCUCGCAUGGCCGCUGCGAUGAAGGGCCCAGCAGAAGAGUACAUGCUGGACAACAAACCUAACGAGUCAGCAGAUGUGACAGGAGCUGUGCAGUUGGCUCUGGGUCCGCGCAGCGGUGCUGUCCCAGACACUGGAGCCAGUGGUGGGGUUCCUGCUGUGCUGCGACAGGCAGCAGGUGUUUCAUUGUCCCGGGACCUCACCGCCCACAAGCAGUUGCGUGGCGACCUGGGCGACGACAGAUUUCAGAACCUGGGCUGUUUCCGCCUCAUCUUGACCAAGGCUCCAUGUGGAAAAGCUUGUCUGGCGCAGUUGCCGGAAGGCCUGGGCAUCGUCGAGCAGCACCCGGCCAAGGUCUACACGAUGACGGAGAAGCGCCAUGUUCGCCAGGUCGAGUCUAAAGCGGAGUUCUCGGACAAGCCGAAUGGCAAGAGGACGGUCUACCGAGAAAAUGGUCUGCGUGCAAGCGAUCAACCAGCCUUAGAGGUCGAUGUCACCACCGAGAUGGCGCGAAAGGCGCGAAUCGACGACUUGCACGGCCAACGAAAUGGGAUUGACUGCCGAGUUCUAGGUGACAAGUCCUUUCGCUUCCCAGAGUACGAGCCAAGCUUCUACAAGGCCGGAGGGUUAAUCGCCGGCAGCACCUUUCACCGUGGCAUGUGCAAAAAGACCCAGCCGCGAAACAGCAGCAGUGUCGUUGUCGUCAUGGAGUCGACAGGGUCCCGACCUCCCAUCAAAUCCUACCAGCAGAAGCAGCUGGAGCUUGAGGUGCAGGAAGCACAGGCUGAAGUGGUGGCUUUGACUAAAUCCUGGGAGAACGAGACCCUGAAGGAUUGUGAUAAUUCGUACUUGGAGCCGCUGGAUUCAGAUGACGAGCAGGAUGCGACGGGCGACCCCGCACCGAAGGAUGAAACAACAAAGGCCGACGCUGGGAAGAAGGCGCCAUGGUCGACGACGGUUGCCAACCGAACGGCAGGGCAGACGCUGGAAGAAGCCGUCAAGAAGCGAUUAGAAGCUCAAUCCCACACCAUUGAGCAUUUCCACAUGGAAGACAUUCAUUCCUUCUACUGGUGGGACUCGAAGCUUGAGGAAGACCAGGAAGUUCGUGCGACCAUCGACUCCGAGGUUCCGUUUGCCACUCUCAUGGAAGCCAUAGCGGCCGACCACCCAUACGACUUGCCCAUGAUUGUAUCAAGCGCGCCCCAACCUGAGGGUGAGGCAGCGGCUGCAGAUGCGCCACCAGUUGAGCUGAAGUAUGUCAUGGGCAUGGCGUUGGUGAAUGGAACCACUGCGGAAAUUGCCCAAGGGCUGGCGAAAUCAAUCGUCGAGGUGAAAUAUGCCGCGUGUGCACAGGUGGAGAAACAUGGAGACUCUGGAAACGACUUCUACAUUACCUUGAAGACGCUCAGUGCCAGCAAGGAACAAGUUGUGGUGGACUUCGGCGGCUUGGAGUUUGAGUGGAUGCCCAUCAGGGCGAACAAGGCGUACGAAAAGUGGCUUGAAGACAACGUGGUAAUUCGGUCACAUGCCGGAGAGCUGUAG